CGGGUACUUUCAGCUUCUCAGCUUAGCCAAAGAGCGUGUGUUCAACUCGAAAUGUGAUUGAAUCCAUCUUCAACACCAUCUACUAUACACGCUUAAGGGGCCUAGGUUCGCUUAGUACCACAACUACCAUGACAGAUUUCUACGAAGAGGCCAUCCGAAGAGUAUAUAUCUACCAUCGAGCACUCUUGCGCCAAGCUAAUUUCAGCACCACAGGCAGGUGGUGGAGACCGCAUUUGCGAGCAAUGCGCGGAGCUCGUCGAAAGCUAUAGGACUACUUUCGGAGUCAGAAGCCUCGAGAGUUCGGGUAAGCUCAGCCAGCCCAAUGUCUCCAUCCCUUUGCUCGAUGCCAUCGCGAAAUCAGACGCAUGUUGGCACUGUGGGUGGCUAGCGGCCAUCGUGGUGGGCACGUGGUCCGAGGAUUUACUUAAGAACGGCACGCUAUCGGACUUACGCCUCACCAAGGCAAACGUCAGCUGGCGCUCCAUCAGCAUGUCACGCAGCGUCGAGGGGGCACUGAAGAUUGACCGUAUUGCAUAUGCCUAUGGUGCGGACUACCCGGGAUACGAGCGGAGGAACAUAGUGUUCUCCAAAUGCGAACAGGAACCAAAGCACCUUUCUUCGCUGCUGGAGCAGACGCAAUCGCUCGACUGGCCGGCGAGUGAGCCAUAUGCUGGCCGGAUACGACCGUUAGAUAUCGAUCAUCGACUUCUCAAACGGUGGAAAGAGUGCUGCAUGAAAGAUCAUGGCGGCACUUGCGACCAGACAUUCAUGACUCAUCGAGUCCAGUCUCUCCGUUUUGUGGAUGUCGUUGAGCGAUGUAUUGUGCAGCACGCACCCGACGCUGUCUCCUGGGCCGCAUUGAGCUACUGCUGGGGCGGCCCCCAGCUCCACGCACUCCAAACUACCAACCUGCGCCUCUACCAGCAGCCAGGAGCGUUGUUGGAUGAGCUGCUCCCGCAAGGGAUAGCAGACGCGAUGACGCUGACUCGGGAGUUGGGGGAACGAUACCUUUGGGUCGACAGUCUCUGCAUUAUUCAGGAUGACGACAAGGAUAAGCUGAUGUACAUAGCUGCGAUGGGCACGAUCUACGCCCGUGCAGCAGUGACCAUCGUCAAUGCGGCGAACUCAGAGGUUGCCCUGGGAGUGCCAGGGGUAAGCCGUCCGCGCCGAGCCCAGCAAGUCCACCGUAUGAAGGACUUCUGGCUCGUCGAGGCACUCGACCUCCCGCAUAAAUACUACGAGGGCUAUCUCCACAACUGCACCUGGAAUACCAGAGGCUGGACCUUCCAAGAAGGACUCCUCUCACCACGCUGUCUGAUCAUCGGCAGAGACCAGGUGUACUGGCAGUGCAAGACGGCUUCUUGGUGCGAGGACAGCUAUUGGGAGAACAGCGCAAGCAACAGCAUCUAUAGGCAUUACUCAGGAUCGAACAUACUCCAGCGGCUCACUAAUUCUACCGAGGAGAACUGGAUAGAACUCUACAAAGACGUUCUGGACGCAUACUCGAAGCGAGAAUUCACAUCCGAAAGCGACCGCCUGGGCGCUGUGCAGGCCAUCCUCCAGGUGCUCCGCCGGAGCGACGAGGAAGGUUACUUCUGGGGCAUGCCCAAGGUGCACAUGGAGAUGGCGCUUUCCUGGGCUUCCAGCCCUCGCAAUACGAGAAGAGACUGCGAAGGUAAAUUCAUGGGCCCGGGUGACGAGAUCCUGUCCUGCCCCUUCCCGACCUGGUCGUGGCUCGGCUGGCAUGGCCCCGCCCCGAUGCCUACCGUCAGCAGAGCCGUGCUGGGCGGCAGGCUUGGCUUGAUGUUCUACUCGCUGCGGAGGGAUGGCACGCCUGUGGUGCUCAAUGAGAACCCGUUCACCGGGGCCGAGCGAGACUCUUCCAAGCAGGACUACAUGAAGCAUGACGACUUCCAUGAUCAGAUCGGAACGCCUAGAAACCUCGCACAUGCCUCGAUACAUUAUGACAACAGACUGGUUAGGCGGGAGGACAUUACGCCGAGCAUUCUUUCAAACAAACGAGCUCUGUCGGUUUUGUGCUUUUGGACCAGCACGGCGGUCCUUGAAAUGACGUAUCAGGGCCAGAACCACUUCCACCACUGCCCUGCGAUCAACCUGCGACACGGCGACGUCAAUUUCUACAGCGCGUGGGAGCACAAUGAGGACUACAAACCAAGUGGCCGGGGAAAGUUCAUCGUUAUUGGCACGGAACGAACGCGCAUGUCGCAUGGGGGGAACGUGACGCUGAACCUCCUCCUGGUUGAACAGGACGCGAGCGGAGUCUCGUACCGAUCCAAGCUUGUGACGUACACACCGGAGUCGGUAUGGGACCAACUUGAGAACAGGAAAUGGGAGUUGAUCUUCCUAGCAUAAUACUAACGUCUCGUCGAUUUAAGAUUUACUGCAUUUACUUUGAAAUGUGAGGGCACGAGUAGACAAUCCCACAUUUAUAAAUAUAAUAGUAUUGACCUAUA